AUGGACGCAGCAAUUGACCUCUCCGACGCCUCCAAGGCGCUCGACCUCGCCAACAUCCGCUUCCAGCUCAUCCGGCUCGAAGACACAAUCACCUUCCACCUGAUCGAGCGCGUCCAGUUCCCCCUCAACGCCACUAUCUACGUCCCCGGCGCUGUCGACAUCGGCGACCCCUCGCUCUCCUUCCUCGACUGGAUGCUGCGCGAACAAGAACGCCUACAGUCGCUCGUGCGCCGCUACAACUCUCCCGACGAGUACCCCUUCUUCCCGGACGUGCUGCAAGAGCCCAUUCUCAAGCCUCUGCACUACCCGAAGAUCCUGCACGAGAACGAGGUAAACGUAAACAGCAAGCUGAAGGACUGCUACACCCAGCACAUCCUCCCCGCUGCGUGUUUGCAGAAGGCCGGCGGCGAUAGGGGGGAGAGCCAGGAGAACUACGGCAGCGCCGGGACCUGCGACGUGCUGUGUCUGCAAGCCCUCAGCCGGCGCAUACACUUCGGGAAAUUCGUAGCCGAAGCCAAAUUUCAGAAAGAACCUGAGCGAUUCGCUGCUCUGAUCAAAGCCGAAGACCGCCAGGGGAUAGACGACGCGAUCACAAACGCUGCAGUGGAGAAAAAGGUGCUGGAGAGACUGCGGCUCAAGGCGAAGACGUACGGUACCGAUCCCGAUUUGGCGGCCGAUGGGGUGAGCAAGGUUAAUGCGGACGCGGUUGUGGCGAUGUAUAAGGACUGGGUUAUUCCGCUGACGAAAGAGGUCGAGGUGGAGUAUUUGAUGCAGAGGCUCAGGGGGACGAAGUGGGAGUAG